AUGGAGCCAGCAUCCCAGAUCGCCACCAUAGCUGCCGUUCCGCUCGCGAUGUUUCCACCAGCUGCAGCUUUCUACGUCUGGAUUACCAAAAAGGAUCCGGGCUCUCGAAUUGCAAAGUGGAGUCCUAGACUUCUUCCGGCCCUCCGUGAGGUGAAUAAUGCAAAGCUUUCCAUCGCCAACCAGGAGCUCGGCGAGUUUCUUCAAGCUAUGAAGCGAGCUGUAGCGCACAGGAAGAGCCUCGAAGGGAAGUUGCAAGAAAGGUCGGCAACUUGGCUCGAGAAGAAGAGGAUGGCCGACCUAUUUGCAUCUCAUGCACGUAGAACGGUACAACUUGGGGAGGAACUAUCGUCCUUUGGGCACGGUAUCGCGGUACAGUGCACAAAGCAGAAACACCCUGCCGAUGCGAAGGAUGAACACGGUCGAUGCUUAGUGUGCUUCCCUCCUGGUUCUGAGGACCAGGACACCAAUCAUGAUACCAUUUUGGGAUGGGAAGAGUUUCGUCUGCUCGCGAAGGAGCUGGAAACCUUGAGCUCUAGAAGUCCCGAGUGGCGCGGGCUUGGACAUAUUUUCGCCGCCGUUUUUUCAAGACCCUCCGAUUCCUCAGAAAGCUUUCCUUCCCGAAAAACACCUUUCUUGCUCAAGAUAUUCAGAGUCAAGAAGAAGACGGAUUCUGAGACCCCGGAAACGACACCACACUCGGGUAACGAGAACAGCUCUCAAUCAGACGCAGCAGAGCCUACACCCGAAGGUGAAUCGUCAGAAGCUGAUAACUCGGAUAUAAUGGCGGAUGAAGUUCAGGUUUACGAAAUGGGCGACAUAGACACGACUGCUGGAGAUCUUGGGCCAGCUCCGACAUACUCGGAGAGCACCUCUGAAUGGGCCAGCAGUGCGGGCGAGCCCCAUCCCGACGAAGGGGGGUAUCACACUUUCUACAUAACCUUUAGCGACAUGGUCAAUCCUGGAGAAAACCCAUGGGACUCGACGGCGAGUCUUCUAAGGGUGCGACGCAAUACGCGUAUCACAACGGAGUGGGACACUUGA